UAAUUAUUCAUUUUGAAGCCUUCCUUCUAGUGUCUUCCCCUCCCCUUCCCGUCCUCUCCUCUCCUCCAUCCUCCCCUCCGGCCUCCACCCGCCGUCGUCCGUCGCCGUUGCGCGCGCGCCACCCCCUCCCUCCUUCCCGUGCGCCGCCGCCUCGUCGUUCCAUCUAAGUCGCGAGGGAACGAGCUGAACCCCAUCUGCGCUGGUAAGCGCGAUGGCGAACCCGCUGCACGGCUCGGGUCCGCUUCGAUCCAGGAAUGCGUCGAGCUCGGACGAGAUCCAGCUGCGGAUCGAUCCGGUGCACGGCGAUCUUGAUGAGGAGAUCGAUGGGCUGCACUCGAGGGUUCGCCUACUGAAAGGCGUGGCCCAGGAGAUAAAUGCUGAAGCCAAGUUCCAGAAUGAUUUCCUCAGCCAACUGCAAAUGACCCUCAUAAAAGCUCAGGCUGGAGUGAAGCAUAACAUGCGAAGGAUGAACAAGAGCAUCAUCCAACAGGGCUCGAAUCAUGUUGUGCACGUGGUCCUUUUUGCUCUGUUUUGCUUCUUCGUUGUCUAUCUCUUGUCAAAGUUCUCUAGAAGAUAAUAACACUGUUAGACAUAUGGCUAUAAGAUAGUUGAGUUCUGUCAACCUAGUGACCAUGAGGGUAUACCAUUGGUUUUAACUUGUAUACUACAUAUGGACACAUCUCUGAAGUUUAUGUAAUGGCUUCUGUGAUAUGGAUAUAAUAUAUCCUGACAUAGGUAUGUUACUCUAUGGAUUAAUGCAUACAAGCUAUACUCUUAAUUCCA